AUGCCAAUGAUUGAACAAUUAAAAAACUUUAUUCGUCAUGGAAAGCAGGCAAUUAAACAUGAUAACAAUUAUGGUAAUAAUGACCGCUAUCCAAAGUCUCCUGUUGAGAUAGAAAAUUUUCGCGACCACCCUGAAAUUAAAACAAGGGUAGAUAAUUCUUCUGCAAUACAACAAAUAGUAGCUGAGGAAAGAGAGCAAAGGAAUAAAAUGCCUACAUAUCCCGGCUUGGAACGAUAUCAUAUAUUAGAUAAAAUGGGAGACGGCGCAUUCAGUAACGUAUACAGAGCAUUUGAUACUUUGACUCAAGAGAAAGUGGCAAUCAAAGUAGUCAGAAAGCAUGAGUUAAAUCAUUCACAGAGUGAAAACGAUAAGAAAUUCACGGCAGUCUUGGCAAGAGCGCGCAAUGUACUCAAGCGGUCGAACAUUCUCAAGGAAGUCCAAAUAAUGCGCCAAUUGAAACAUCCUUCGAUCGUAUCUCUAUUGUCUUUUUCGGAGUCUCCGGAUUAUUACUAUCUUGUUCUCGAAUUAAUGGAAGGUGGCGAAUUAUUCCAUCAAAUAGUGAAACUUACCUAUUUCUCGGAACAAUUAUCACGUCAUGUUAUUGUUCAAGUUGCCGAAGGAAUAAGAUAUUUGCAUGAAGAAAAAGGAGUUGUCCAUAGGGACAUCAAACCUGAAAAUCUUUUAUUUGAGCCCAUCCCAUUCAUUCCUUCAAAAAAUCCACCAAUUCCUGGACCAAAUGAUGAACAUAAAGAGGAUGAGGGUGAAUUCAUUCCUGGAUUAGGUGGUGGAGGUAUUGGAAAGAUCAAAAUCGCCGAUUUCGGUCUAUCUAAAAUUGUUUGGGACGAGCAAACAAUGACUCCAUGCGGUACAGUUGGGUAUACUGCACCCGAAAUUGUAAAAGAUGAAAGGUAUAGUAAAAGUGUUGAUAUGUGGGCGCUUGGUUGUGUCUUAUAUACAAUGCUGUGUGGUUUUCCACCUUUCUACGAUGAAAGUAUUAAUGACUUGACUGACAAAGUUGUCAAAGGUCAAUAUACUUUCUUAAGCCCAUGGUGGGAUGAUAUCUCCGCUUCAUCCAAAGAUUUGAUAUCAAAUCUUCUUGCAGUUGAUCCUGAGAAACGUUAUACCAUUAAUCAAUUUUUUGACCAUCCGUGGGUUAAGGACGAGCCGUUACUUCCGAAAUCCAAACUUGCAUUAGACAAUAAGAGUAAAGUCGAAAUCAGACAACGUUACACGGGUAUUGAUUCACCUCUUGUAUAUGAAGAAAUGUCUGGUGAAAAUUUCAGACGGCAAGAUAUACUUUCACCGGGCAUUUCCUUAAAGGAAGCACUUGAAGUUACUUAUGCCGUACACCGUAUGGAAGAGGAGAAUGCGAAAAGAAGAAAAAUGAAAAUUAGUGGACAUGGAGGAAAGAGCUUAGCUUUGAACCCAUUUAAAGGUAGAUUACAUUUGAAUGAUGAAGACGACGACAAUGGCGAAGAAAACUCAUCGGCAGCUUCAUCGGUUCAUCAAGUACCAAUAAGUGGAACAGCAUCAAUGACGAAUCAUGCUUCAAAUGAACCCAUUAAAAUGAAAACUGGUUCAAAAGUUACCUUCAUGCAACCUACAUCUUCGUCCAAACGUAAUAAGGAAAUACCUAGACGUAUGGCUUUUGAGUUAAGUUUAGAUGGUGCUACGCUACUAUGCAGACGAAAAAAAGCUUUAGGGACUGUUGAAGUUUGA